ACGAUGCGUUGCUGGUCCACUGACCUGCAGCCAUGUGCGAGUGCACCGCACCGCACCGCAUCUACACACGCCAAACCGCUAUUAUUAGCACCCCCGAACUCCUACACGGCGGCGCAAUUGCAUCCAGUUCUCGCGCCGCCCCCGUCCCAUAAUCCCUUCCCGUCCUCGCCUCGUCGCCGGUAAUGGCGGGUCCCGGCAUCGGAGCGGCCGCGCCUCGCCUGUCGCUGCUGCUGCUGCUGCUCGUCGUCGUCUUCGCGGGCUCCUCCCGCCACAGCCGCACCGAGGCGGCCGUGCGGACGUGCACGUACACGGUGAAGGUGAAGACGAGCUGCGCGUCGCCGGCGCCGACGUCGGACGCGGUUAGCGUGGCGUUCGGGGACGCGUACCGCAACGAGGCGUACGGCGCGCGCCUCCCGAGCGCGCCGGGCGGGAGGGCCUUCGAGCGGUGCGGCACCGACACCUUCCGCGUCUCCGGGGUGUGCGGCUACGGCGUCUGCUACCUCUACCUCCGCCGCGCCGGCCGCGACGGCUGGGCGCCCGAGUGGGUCCAGGUCACCGAGCCGGGCCCCGGCGCCGGAGAGAAGCCCGCCACCUUCUACUUCGGGGCGCCGCUGCCGGACGGCGUCUGGUACGGCCACAACCGCUGCCCCAAGGCCAAGGCCAAGGCAGCGGGCACGGCAGCGGCGGCGGCUCGGACAAACACCACCUCUGCUGCUGCUUCGCCUCUGGGCUAGCGCGACCUGAUUCGGCUCUACCCACCGGGCGCAGCCCCUCUCCGUAUGUAAUUCGGCAUUCGUCGAGAAUAAGCAGACUGUGCUUACAGAUUCAGAAUAAGUAAUUAGAGAAUCAUAAUCCGAAAUAUGAUGAGGCCAUGAGGGCACCUUCUUCA